AUGGGGCGUGAGAAAUGCACUAAAAAAGUAGACUCAGAAACAAAUCACUUGCUUAACUUCAUGCCAACCCCACUUUCCCCAACAAUCCGCCUCAAGAAAUUCAUUCAACAAAUUCAAUAAAUUAUCUUCAAACAAACACCAAAUUUUACCGUCCCAAAAUGGCCUUCAACAACAAACCUAAGAAACCCCAACAAUCAUCUCGUUCCAAUCUCUGCACCACACUUUUCUUCAUCGUCCUUUUCACCAUCCCCAUCUUCUUCCUCCUUCAUACCUCAACCUGUUCCAUCUGCACUGGUUUGGCAGCUACCAUUGCAAAGCCAUGGUCAUGGUCUGGUGAUCUUCGUAACGCUGAGUUUGCUUGGAACCGGCUUUCUUUUAUUGAGAAUCAACCCCCACAGUUAACGCUUAAAAUAGCCGUUUUUUCUCGGAAAUGGCCUAUUGGUACCACCCCAGGUGGCAUGGAACGGCACGCUUAUACCCUCCACACCGUGCUGGCCGGCCGUGGUCAUCAAGUUCAUGUCUUUACCUCUCCUGUGGAGGAAAAUUAUCGUCAGGCUCUGUCUCAAGAACAGCAUUCAUCUUCCCCGCGCAUACACUGCCACGAAGGCGAACCAGGUCGGUGGCGGUAUAACAAGGCGUGGGAACAGUUUGAGGAAGAGAACCGGCGCGAACCGUUCGAUGUAAUUCAUUCGGAAAGUGUGGCUCUGCCUCACUGGCUUGCACGGAAGGUCCAAAAUCUUGCUGUUUCUUGGCACGGCAUAGCGCUCGAGAGCUUGCAAUCGAGUAUUUACCAAGAUUUGAUACGGAGGCCGGACGAACCCAUAUCGCCGGCCUUCAACGACAGCCUAUAUGGGGUGAUCCCAAAAGUGCUGAACGAGAUUAGGUUCUUCAGGAAUUACGCCCAUCAUGUCGCGAUUAGCGAUAGCUGCGGUGAGAUGCUGAGGGACGUUUACCAAAUUCCCAGCAAAAGGGUCCAUGUGAUUCUGAACGGCGUUGACGAAAAUGGGUUCGGAGAAGAUUUACCGCUGGGGCACGAAUUCAGGUUGAAAAUCGGCGUACCCAGAAACGCCAGCUUGGUCCUGGGCGUGGCCGGGAGGCUGGUGAAAGAUAAAGGCCAUCCUUUGCUCUUCGAAGCUUUCUCCAAAAUCAUGAAAAAGCACCCCAAUGUGUACUUGAUCAUCGCCGGCUCUGGACCGUGGGAACAGCGAUACAGGGAAUUGGGUUCUCGGGUUCUGGUCUUGGGAUCCAUGAAUCCAUCUCAACUCAAAGCCUUUUACAAUGCGAUCGACGUUUUCGUGAAUCCAACGCUCAGGCCCCAAGGAUUGGACCUUACUCUUAUGGAGGCGAUGAUGAGCGGGACCCCUGUUAUGGCAUCGAGAUUUCCCAGCAUCAAAGGAACUAUUGUCGUCGAUGACGAGUUCGGAUUCAUGUUUGCUCCGAACGUGGAGUCUCUGGCAGAGGCGCUGGAUGCGGCAGUCAGGGAAGGUCCUGAGAGGCUGGCGCGGAGGGGAAAGGCGUGCAGCCACUAUGCGUCUUCCAUGUUUACCGCAACGAAGAUGGCACUCGCAUACGAGCGGUUGUUCCUCUGCAUCAAAAACGAUUCGUUUUGUGCUUACGACUAGCUCAUAGUACUAUUUUUUUUUUUCUUUUUUUACAUCUAUUUUAUUUUAUAGUAAUUUAGACACAACCUCUAACUUCCAUCCCAAGCUUAUAUUUAGUUACCCAUUUUUCUUCAGAAAUAGAAAAAAGUUUUCGUU